ACCUCCACGUCCGCUCGGGAAUACCGGCGAAGGCGGGCUCCCGUCGGAAGUUGGCUUCCUUUUACUUCCUCCUUCCGGUUGGCGGUUUUUUAUGACAACAAUAUCCAGUUUUGCCGUGUUGCUACACUGGAGUUUCUUGACCUCUUGGGAUUCUCCCCUAUUAGAUAGCAAGAAGGAUGUUUGAAAAUAUCAAAUCUUGGGCUGAAUAUAUUGUAGAAUGGGCUGCAAAAGAUCCAUAUGGAUUCCUUACAACAGUGAUCCUUGCUCUAACACCUCUAUUCUUGGCAAGUGCAGUGCUAUCAUGGAAACUGGCAAAAAUGAUUGAAGCUAAGGAACGGGAACAAAAAAAGAAACAAAAACGCCAAGAAAAUAUUAUAAAAGCUAAACGAAUAAAGAAGGACUAAGAAUUCAAUUUCACUGGGCCAAUUUUUUCUGGCAAUGCACUGUUACUAUAUAUGUACCUUUUUUUGUUAUUGUAUCCUUACAGAAAUGGGACAUGGCAGAUUUUUUUCCUGGAAUAAUGUAUGCUUAAUUUGUGCUAUUAAACUCUGUGGUCAUGAACUUUAAUUGCUUUUUUAAGAAAUCUGAUUUUUUUUCUAACCUGGGAUAUAAGCAAAAUGUAAGUUUAUAAUGUAUAACAUAACUAUAUAGAUAUGAAUUAUUAUUUUCAUUAAAAUCUGUCUUAUGAUUUUAUACUACAGAAAAUAAUUGUUUAAUAAUUUGCAUAUAAUUUUGUUGUAUUGUAAAAUUUUCCUACAUUAUGAAGAAUCCUGAUUUCAUACUGAAAACCAGUAUUUUCACUAUUCCUUAGCAUAAUGGUUUGUAAGAAUCAGAUUGUCUCAAUUAUACAAUCCAUGAUAGCUUAAAAUUAUCAUUCGAGAGAUUAUCCUUGUUAAAUGUAAAUGACAGCAACCUUAUUUACAAAGUAUUUGGAAAAAAGAACAUAAAAUAUGAUUACUGGAAUAGUCUGUGCAUAAGCCAUAGCUGUUGGAUAAUACUUUCUCAUUUGUGUUACAUUAUAUUUUUGAUGGCUACACUCUGAGGACAAAGCAAUAGUGAAUGUGUCCAGUUGAAUGUAAGCAAUCACUAAGUCUUGUAACAACCAGAAUGAAUAGUUACAAAUGCUCUCACAUGUUUAUUAGUUAAGCUAAAGCAGACUGAAGGCAAAUUUUAGGGACUCUUGGCCAAUUCAGGCCAAAUGGCAAGCAUCAUUCUCCCUGUAGCAAGCCCUUUCAGCUGCUUUCACAAAGUUGCUAUAGAAGCUUCUUAUUCUAAAUUAUGGCUCCCUAUAAAGUCAGUACCUUGCCUGUGAAGGCAAAGAUUCAUGCCUGGUGGGCAAACGAUUAGCAAUUCCUUUUAUAUAUUUCUAGUCAAGCCUUCCCUUGUUUCAGUUCUUUAAAAACCAAGGCUUCUUAAGAUCAUCUUUGAAAAUCUUGUAACAUUUUGAAGCCUAUUUUUUUAGAUCCAGUUACUUAUAAAUAUAACAGAGGUAUCUUAUUUAUGACAUUGGUUUGGUGAAAUUAUGAUUACUAAACCAACAUUGGUUUACUGAUCUAAGAAUAAAGUUAGGGAUUAUGUAGGAUAGGAAACUAAUAAAUGCAUCUCCUGAUGCAAAGGAUGCCAAGCACAAGUAUGCAUUUUAAACAAAAUGUAUAGGACAUUUAAAUAUGCUCAUGAUUACACAUUGCUAUUGACUUGUUAAGCUAUGAAACGUUAAAUUUCUACUUUAAAUAAAUAAUGUUAAAAUUAGCUUUGUAACUUGCACAAGUCCUGACAUUUAUUUACAGUGGGAAAUUUUUAACUGUAGUGUAUCCCUUUCUAAAUAAUUUAUUGUGUUUAGUGACAUUUAGAACCUUGUCAAAAUCUUAUUAGACAUAAUUAGCGAAUAAAUAACUAUAGCAUUGCUUACUUUUCAUAAAUAACAUUUUGGAUCCACUUCCAUAAACAAAUCAUUUUUUAAUAUGUUAGGAGAAGCUGUGAACUUAUGUGAAUGACUAAAUUUCAACAUUAAGCAGUUU